GCGAGUGUUAAGCAGUCGAAACUGAAACGUUCUCGCAAGAAGACGCGUUGAAACCGAUACCAAAGCAGUAAAUGUGACUAAAUUCGCGCAUGUACUUAAUAAUACAAUAUUGUCAUUGUUGUUGCAACUAUAUUUAAUACCAAGUGACGUCGAAACAACGGCCAAUAGCAAUCCGUUCAAGUGCUUUUAACCUCGUGCUCGUUGCUCCAUAUUGUUGCUGUCUGACGCCGUGUUUUUGUGAGUGCCUACGUUCCGGAAUUACCAACGAACAUUAAUAAAGCAAGAGCGGACGACGAUGUCCACGAACCUACAAAAGGCCACCCUUGAGGAAAUUCGACAUGCGGCCGCUCGCAUUUGCCGGGACUAUCUAACCGGACGUUGGAAAGUGGUUACUCCCGAGAAUUUGGUGGUCAAACGUAUAAGUGGUGGUCUGUCAAACUUCUUGUAUUACGUAAGUCUCCCCGACUUGGAUGACUUCGAUGAGCAGGAGGAACCACAACACCAGCAAGCAAACGUCAACGUCGGCAAAAACGUCAUAGCCACCGGUACUUUAUCCAAUAAUGGAAUCGUCUUAACACGCGACGAUUCGGAGGUGGCCAAGUUGGAAGGCGUGACAACGUUGACCACGGAAUUGGAAAAUAACGACGACGAUGAUGACGACGCAGCGACUAGCGCCAAACAGGCACACAAGCGUCAGCGGUUCGAUAGCGAUAGUCGCGACUCGAGUUUGUUGAAACGAUUGCACGCCCCCAAACAGGAACCCCGUGAGGUCCUGCUGCGCAUCUAUGGCCAGACCCACGGCGAUCACGCGCUGGAGAGCAUGAUCACAGAGUCCGUGGUGUUUGCCCUGCUCAGUGAGCGGAACUUCGGACCCAAGCUGCACGGUAUCUUUCCCGGCGGACGCAUCGAGCAAUAUAUUCCGGCACGUGCGUUGACCACUGCGGAAUUGGGAGAGCAACGCAUAUUAAUGAAAGUGGCUGAGAAAAUGGGCGAGAUACAUAGCCUCAAUAUCCCCAUGUCGAAGGAACCGGAUUGGAUAUGGAACUGUAUGCAGCGUUGGGUGACAGGCUUGGAGGCCAUUGUGAAAGGCAAUGUUCAAUCAAAUCCGAAAUCCUCAGUAAUGGAAAAGCAAAUGGAUCUGAUGCAGACCUUUGACUAUGUGCAAGAGAUCGCCUGGAUGAGAUCGAUUAUCAAUGAGGGUGAAUAUCCAGUUGUGUUUUGCCACAAUGACCUUCAGGAGGGAAACAUACUGCUGCGUCAGCCGCCAGUUGGUCAAAACGACCGCACGCCGCGGGAGUCAAUUAGUAGUUUGAGAUCCAAUUUCGACGAAACUUUGGGCGACAGCCUUGAUGGCAACAGCAACAUUUCGGAACCGGAGACAUACAAAUCGCGCAGCGUUUCUCCAUCGCCUUGCCCAGAGUUGGACACCACGAAUGACUCGGCGCUUGAUGCCAGCUUUACAACCGAUAAUGAGCCGGAUCUUAUUAUCAUUGACUUUGAGUACUGUGCCUACAACUACCGUGGCUAUGAUCUUGCCAAUCACUUCAUUGAGUGGACCUUCGACUACACCAAUCCGCAGUUCCCUUACUUUUACCACAACUCCAGCAAUUGUGCGAGUGUUCAGCAGCGUCGCGACUUCAUUGUGAACUAUCUAAAGAAGUACCACGAUGAUGAGAACUACAAUCCCACUGGCCAGGAGCUGGACAAAGUGGAUGCCGAGAUCCAGUUCUUUACAAUGCUGUCGCAUCUGUUCUGGAGCCUGUGGUCUGUGAUCAAUGUGACAUCGGCUAUUGAGUUUGGUUAUUGGGAGUAUGGAAUCGCUCGAAUUCUUGAAUAUCAAAAGUUAAAGGCUGCAUAUCUGGCGAAAUGAGGGCAAUUGUUAAUAAAGGUUCACAUAUUCACAACCUUCACUUAAAUCGAAUUAGAACCGUACUUAAGUGACCUUUAACAAUUAAGUCCCUGUUCUCUCCGCCUGCCAUUGUCCUCGUUUAAAAAUGACAGCAGUUUUACCCAGUUGGCAAACAACACGGUUAUUACACUACUUCAAUAUUGCAUUCAGAAAGACUAACUUAUUAUUGUAUAGAAAAAUUAGCUAAUUAGAAUUGAUAAAGCUAAAAAAAAGCAUAAUACCAAUGUUGCUGUGAUUAUUCCGUGAGACAGAUGACAGAUAAAACAACUACAACAGUUUUGGGUUGGAAUUGUCCCUCUACCAACAGAUUCGAUCGAAAGUAUUACAUGCAGUACCCGGCUCAUCCCUAAUAAUUAUAAUUCACGCAGGUUCAUUUUACUAUUUUAUGAAUUAUAUUUAUGCUCUAUACGCAAACAUAAACUUAAUAACUUUCGAAUUUAUUUCUUAUUCGAAUUUUUAUGUUUUUAAUUUCAAAAAUUACUUCCGUAUCUAAGUAUUAAUUGGCAUUGUACGCACCAGUCAACACCAGGUUUCUUCUAUACACUAAAAGCUUAGUACAACUUUUUACCAAAAUCAAUCAACAAUCAUGUGUUUUUUAUGUACCUACCUAACAAUCCCAUAUUCCUUAUUAGAAACUAAUUGUAUGUUUUUAGAAGUUUAAAUAUUUUUCGUCUAUUUUUUAUAAAUAAAUAAAUCAAUUUUAAAAACUGAAA